AUGACCAGCUUACCAGAGCUCCCUCUCGAGAUUCUGCUUCAAAUAUGCGCACUGAGCAAAGAAAAAUCCUACGUCUCCACAGUGUACAUCGACCUCUCAAAAUCUACGCCUGCUGAAAGCAAGGACAGGCUGAGCUCUCUUUCCAAUGGGGACGCCCCCGCAAUCGCUCGUGCUGCGAAAUGCCUCAUGAUCAACACGAUAGUAGCAACGAAUGGCGCGGAUGUGGUAGAUGCGCUCCGUGAGGCCCUAAACAACUUCCAAGGUCUCGAAGCCGUCAUUUGGCAUAUGGGAGAGCAGGAUCUUGACGAAAUCGUCCUCAAGGCGCUUAUCACCCUUCCAAAGCUUCGAGAGCUCAGCCUCAGGACCUCAUCUGCCCAGAUCGCCGUCCCGCUCGACGCAUUCUCUCACCUGCAGCAUCUUGAUAUCGCCGACGACACAGAAAAUUUCUCGCCUGAUUCUCCCCAAGGAGGGACGUUCGAGAGUCUUGGGGAGCUCAUCGCCAAGACAUCGGAGUUGUCGAGCGUUCGCGUCAAGAGGACUGGAUAUGGCUACGAAUCAGAAGGCGUAAAUGCUGCAGCCAGCCUCCAUCAGCUGUUUUCGCGCUGCUCACCAGAAGAACCUCGCGUGCUCCAGAGGCUCGCUCUACAUUCCAUGCUCGUAAGGAUAAACGCCCGAACGGCACCGCAUUUGCGCCAUCUCGUAUCUCUGGAGCUUACUAACAUUUGGGAACCACGCCGUUCAGCACCGACGUCCUAUUCCCCAUUUGCCUGGCACCCAAACAAAUUCUUGAACUCACUCAACGUCGAAAACGACCCGGAUUCUGCCAUCAAGAAGGUCGGAUCCACGCUCGAGGAAAUUUGGACCGCCAUCCUGGCCAUGGACCUCAAGCUCGAAGAAAUCGUUGUUGAUACUGUCUGUCCCGCACUCCUGAAGUACCUCGAGAGCUACUCCGGCUUGAAGAAGCUCGUCCUCCGACGUAUCAGCUCGCAAACAGCAGAGGCAUCCGACGAACUAGCUACCUCGUUCUACGGCGGACCGCUCAGAAGCCACGCGGACACGCUCGAGACUUUACUCAUUUCAGCAAUGUUCAACGGCCUCUGGUGCUUCGGCGAGCACAACUCCGAUGCCCUCACGGAGCUCAAGUCGCUAAAAGUCUUCGGGAUGUCACUUUCGCCCCGUUGGCCGGCACCUGGAAAGUACACCAACCAAGACGUUAUCGUGAUGGAGUUCCUCGAGUUCGCCACGACCUCUUUCCCGAAACUCCAGAUCCUCAAAGUAUCCUUCGGUCGCCCGGAGGAAUUGCGCACGAAUAUGUUCGCCGCGGGGGACCCCCGCCAGUUCCUUGCUGUCCAGCGGGCCAUCGCGCAUGGGAUCGGGGAGUUCGAGGAGCAGCACUUGAGCUCGCCGCCCACGACGAACCUUCCGCUAGAGAUACACUUUGUGAAGAAGUGUUGGCGUCCGGAGUACCUGUGCAGGGAAACUGAUAGCAGUGGGGUAGGAGGCUGGUGUUUGCAGGAGACGAUAUUAGAUUCCGAGAAGUACUUGUAG